AUGCCUCUCCCCGCGGCGCUGCUGCCAGCUCUCCUCCUGGGGCUGCUGUGGCCAGGGGCGGGCACAGCCCUCUGUCCCCCUGAUUCAUGUGUCUCCUCUGUAGGUCUGCUGGAAAUCUCCCCUGUGGAAAGAGGCGUGGUGAGCAUAUAUGGUGUUAGGAGUGGACUCUUCGUGGCCAUGAAUAGCAAAGGCAAACUCUAUGGAUCUACUCAUUUCAAUGAUGAGUGCAAAUUCAAAGAGAUUCUUCUGCCAAACAACUACAAUGCUUACGAAUCCAGGAUUUAUCCCGGGAUGUACAUAGCCCUGAGCAAAAACGGAAGAACAAAGAAAGGCAAUAAAGUAUCUCCCACAAUGACAGUGACACAUUUUCUUCCUAGAAUCUGA